GGAAGGGGCAGUCUCCAGGCUGAAGGGAGACCCCCCUGGAAAAAGGAGAGAAGAAGACCUGCAGGACAUCAUCUCGUGGCAGCUCCCCAUGGCUCUUUCCACUUGCUCUGGACGAGAUGAGGGUUAUAAGCUGGUCGUCCAGGACCGUUUUGAGGCAGGGAUGCGGGAGCUGGUGUGUUUCACCCAACACCUACUCGAAGCUGAGGCAGAUCCACAUGCACACGAGAAAAUCCGGGAACGAAUCGAGGCAGCUUCCCGAGAGAUGUCAGCAGCAGAAGAGGAGCUGGGAAGGCGGCUGGAGACGGUAGAUUCCAGAACCGAGGAGCUAGUAGUGAAGAAGAAAAGCCUGCAAGACGAGCAAGAGGAAAAGAAAGAGAACCUCAAGUGCUUAAGGAUCCAGCUGGACUCCUGCCACAGGUCGGAAAGAGAGGCCAGAGAGAUGCUGGACGGGGCCAACAGGCACCUCAGAGAAAUGCAGGCCGAGCUGCAGAGACGACGAGCGGACGCGGACAGCAACCGAGUGAUACGAGAUAUCGGCAUCGGGCUGAUGUUUAUUCCUCUCCUGGGGACAAUUGCUGGCUCCAUCAUGGUCGGCUGUGGGCAGGUAGCUUUGGAUGCCGCUGAGAAAGCCGCACGCGAGGCCCAGGAGGCCGUUAAUCGACACAGGAACGAAGCGUCCAGCUACUUAGCAGAAGUCAGCAGGUACGAGGAGCAGGAGCGGCAGGUGGAGGCCGAGAUCACGGCCAAUGAGCAGCAACUGGCUCAGAUCGACGCAGACCUACAGGCGUUGGCUGUGCUACAGGGGGAGAUCGUCACCCUGCAGGACGGGCUGAGGAAAUGUACCACCUUGGUGAACGGGCUAGCAGGGAAGGUCUGCGUGGCUAAGAGGCUCACCGAAGACCUGGUGAUCUACGAGGAGCUGGCCAACAUCCUCGGAGAGGUCGUCCAGCAGGUGCUGCCCCUAAUGAGCCCGGGAGGUGAGGCUGGCACGAGAUUCCUGGCCGCAGGGGAACUCCAGGGCCUCAUUGAGAAGUUAGAGUCGGGCGGUUCCAGCCUCAGAGCCCUGGCAGACACUGAGGCAGCAGCAAUUGAGUUUUAAGGCCACGAUUUCAAAAGCUGAAGGCCCAGGCUCACCGCUGGGCUGCGGCGAGCGCAUGGGUUUCCAUCUACGCUUGAGAAUCGUACCGGGCUACAAUGCUGGUUAGUUGGGCUGCCACCACCCCCACUCCCACCUCCAAGAUCCAACACCCCCUCCCCCAAAAUAGCCUUUGCCCCUCACCUCCACCAUCCUGACCCUCUUCUUCCUCUCAGGCAACCCCUGGGGCUCAAACCCCCAUCUCCACACCCCCAUACCCACUCCUGACUCUCCCUGCUGGUGAGCCUGGCGUCCCGCCCUCCCUUCUCCACCACGUGACCCAGCUCACUCCUCCCAAGAUCCCUGCGCGGCCACUGGGAUUAUGAGUGAAAACACCCCUGGUGCAUGGCAACCAGCAGGAGAAAAACCAGCCAGGUGCCAACCCCAGCUAGGGCUGUGCCAUGUUAACUGACCCAGAGAAACCAGCGCAGCCCCCUGUGUGCAAACAGUUAUACUGGUGUGAAGGAGCCUUUACUGGUUUAGCUUAGUCCCCUUCCCCUGUGGGAACAGGCACUGACAUGCCAGUAUAGCUGCCUCCACACUGCAGGGGGUAGCUAGACAGGAUGAGCUAAAGCAGUUCAACUUCCUAGUGUAGACAAGACCUAAAUUGUUUUUUACGUGGUGGAGUAAAACCGUUGCAACCCCUGUGUGGAUGUGCUUUGUUCUGGCUUAGGAGUAACUGGUGUAAAGCUUGAUCUAUGCUUAAAACUUCUCUGGGUAUUACUGUGUGUGGCAGGGUGUGAAAACAACACCCACCCACACACACCCCAUGGCUGUGCUGGUAAAACCCCCAAUGCAGACACAACUGUGUCGACAGAGGAGUGCUUCCGGCGGGUUCACUAACAUCUUUUCGGGAGGUGGUGUUUGUUGUACCAUCCAAAAAGCUCCUGGUGUUGGCAUGAGCUGCGUCUACACGAGGGAACCCUGCCGGGCUUGCUACACUGACUGUCUCUGCAAUUUAGUUUAAGACAAUUAGAUGCAAAGUGUAAGUCUGGGAACCAGUUUUGGUUUGGAAACAUCUGGCCACUUUCUGAGGGGAGAAAAAGGAAAAUUUUGAAGAAAAAUCCCAACAGUUUUGCUAAAAAUCUGUUAGUUUUUGAAAAAAACAAACCAAAAAAGCCAACAAAUUCAGUAGAAAAUACAUUUUUUUAAAGUCGGUUUGUUUUCAAACCCAGCAGAAUUAAACCUUCUCCAGAAUUUGUUUGAGUUCAGGCAGCCCUAAAAUUGGCAAAUUUUGUGUAUUUAUGGCCGAUCAAAUGGCAAACUACUCACAAUUGCAGAAAUUAUGAACGCAAAUUGUAUGUUUUUCUCCAUAGAUUUUGGGUCUAUUUUUCUGAACAUUUGUCCCUUACUUACCCUUGGUAUUUCAGUCUGGAAAAAGCAAGACUUGAUGAAUUUUCUUGCCUCAAAGCUGUGAAGAAAUAUCUGAGUCUAAUAUCUGAAAUACUGUUUUAGCAGUUUGCUGAGAAGUAUUUUGACAUAGCCCUGGAUUCAGUCUUAGGUGUUUCAUUUUUCUGAUCUAGUGGUUAGAAGAAGGGAGCUGGGAGCCAGGACUCCUGGGUUCUCUCCUCGGCUCUGGGAGGGGGGUCUAGUGGGUUAGAGCAGGGGGGGAUGGGAGCCAGGACUCCUGGGUUCCAUCCCCAGCUGUAGGAGUGGGGUCCAGUGGGUUAGAGUGAGAGGGUCACUGGGAGCAGGGACAAGAG